AUGAAGCCUGACUUAGCAAAAACAAUUGUUAAAUAUUGCAAGAAUUUGAAACAUUUGGAGCUACAUAAUCCUGGUUACUCAAUGAAUAAUACUGCUCUAAAAAAGUUGACAGAGUUGGAAAAUCUUGAAUGUUUAGUCCUUGGUGUAGCUGAGCUUCAUAAGGAAUCAAUAAUCGCAAUUUCAAACAAUUGCAAAAAACUUAAACGUUUAGAAAUUCCUGGUUGUGCUAUAGUACCAUCUAUUGAUGGUAACUUAUUUUCUUCUUCAUCUGUUCUUGAUGAGUUAUCAAAAUUACAAUGUCUUGAACAUCUAAACUUGUCUCAAGCAAAGAGUUUUAAAGACAGUACAAUUACUGCUAUCGCUAAUAAUUGUAAAAACCUAAAAACAUUAGAACUUCAAAAUUGCAGAGCUAUUACUAAAACAGCUCUCGUUGCUUUAACAAACCUGGAAAAUUUACAAAAACUAGACGUAAGGUUUCUUGAUAUAAUUACGAACAGUUUUAUUAUCAAAUUAAAAGGUUUAAAAGAAUUGCAUUGCGAUAAUUGCGAAAAACUUACUGAUGCUGGUGUUAUUCAAUUUAUAAAAAAUAAUCCAGACCUUGAAAAGAUUAGUAUCAGACAUAUAAAUAAUAUUACAAUUGACUUGGUUAUUGCAGCUAAUGAGGCAACUAAAAAUCGUACAAAUGGUAUCAUUUUACACUUAGAAACAUCUUAUAUGUUAAAAACAAAAGCUUUUAAGUCAAUAAUUGAAUCUCAAUGGUUGGUUGUUAAAUACCUAUAA